AUGAAAUCUUCAAUUACCUGUAUGGUCCUACUCGCCAUCCUCUCCAUCAUCUCAUGUGCGGUUGUACCCAGCGGAGGUGCUGGGGAUGCUGUCAAAUCAGCCUCGCCCGCUACAGAUUCUCCAGAAGCCCCAACAACAGCCAAGGACGAUAGCAAACCCGCGCCGACCAGUGGAGACCCACCGACCAGCGGAGACGCGCCGACCAGUGGAGCCUCCCCGGCCAGUGAAGACACCCCGGCCAGUGGAGACACCCCGGCCACUAAAGACGCCCCGGCCAGUAAAGACGCCCCGGCCAGUAAAGAUGCACCGGCUAGUAAAGACGCACCGGCUAGUAAAGACGCACCGGCUAGUAAAGACGCACCGGCUAGUAAAGACGCGCCAGCCAGUAAAGAUGCACCGACCAAAGCUGCCGGAGACAGCAAAUUAGAAGGAGUUAUUAGCGCCUUAAAGGCAGGAAUUUCUGCAGGCAGCACCUUCAUUUCCAAAAUCGCCACCGCAGUCAGCUCCAGUCUAAAAUCGGAUUAA